AUGAAGCUGAUUUCGUCCUUCUUGACCACCUUGGUCGCCGGUAACAUGGUGAAUGCCAAGUACACCGUCGAAAUCCCUGAUGAUGCCGUCUGGGUCACCAACUGGGACGAGUUAAAUGCUGCUCCUCGAUUCGGAGGAAUUCUCCUCCCCAAGUACGGCGGCUUUGUCAUUGAAGUUGAUGAGAAAAUUGUCCUGGCUACAGAUGAACGGAUGAGCAAGGAGGUGCUUGACUUGCUCACAGAUUUGGAGAAGAAAGACCCGCAGCCUGAGGGCGAGCAGACUACUUCUAACAAGCGAGAUGUGGAAAUUCGAGGUUAUGGAAAUAGAUGUUCUCACCCUCCUUGCUUUGGUCCGGGGCUUUGCUCUCAGCACUCGCAUUGUCAUGUGUGCGCUGGGCUUACUGGCGCUGUUUUCAAGAGGGGCCGGUGCAUUUGA